UCCUUCAAACACAUUAACUCUGAUUCUUUUUUCCCUCUCUGCAAAGCCCUACCAAGUUUUCUCCUUCUCCUUCCUGAAAAUGGUGCAAUCAAAGAAGUUCAGAGGCGUCAGGCAGCGCCACUGGGGUUCUUGGGUGUCUGAAAUUCGUCAUCCUUUGUUGAAAAGGAGAGUGUGGUUGGGCACAUUUGACACAGCAGAACAGGCGGCCAGGGCAUAUGAUCAAGCCGCCAUUUUGAUGAGCGGAAGAAAUGCAAAAACCAAUUUCCCAAUAGCCCACGACUCAGAAGGCGAGCCAAUUACAAAGACUGAACCCAACAACCAAAAAGAGGCAAUAAUCCCAUCAUCAUCAUCAUCAUCAUCAUCAUCAUCAUCAAAAGCUCUGUCUGAAAUCCUGCACGCCAAGCUCAGAAGGUGCAGCAAAGUCCCCACGCCAUCCCUCACCUGCCUGCGACUCGACACCGAGAAUUCCCACAUCGGAGUGUGGCAGAAACGCGCCGGUCAGUCCUCCGACUCCAAAUGGGUUAUGACCAUCGAGCUGCAGAAGAAGAACAGCGGCGGCGGCGGCGGCAAUGGCGAGAGGGUAGAAGGGAUGGAUUGUUCUUCCAAGAAGCCGCCGGAGAUGGUGGAUGGCGGCAGAGGCGGAAUGGAUGAGGAAGAAAGGCUUGCCCUUCAGAUGAUUGAAGAGCUCCUUCAGAUAAACACUCCGAUUUGCCCUUCAUUUGAUGGUCAAGUGGAAGAGAAUAGCUUUUGCAUUUAAUUUAGUGCAUCUUAUUAUACGCAGUAAUAAUCAUUGAAUGUUAAU